GAGAGAGAAAAAUGGGAAGGGGAUAUAGAGAGAGAAACAAGGCGCGGAGAGGGCGUCCGAAACAAGAGAGAGAGAAAGCGCUGCAAUUUUUAUUUUCUUCUCUUUGCUGCUCUCUAAUAAGCCUUUUCUUUCUACUCCCAUUCUCUAGGGCGAAAUCCAAGAUUUAGAAGGCCGCCUCGAUAAUCUAAAAGGGAAUUACUCUGUUGUUGACUGACGUUUUUUGGUUCUUUACCACAACGGAGGAUUAAUUCAUCAUCAUCAUCAUCAUCAUCAUAUAUAUGUUAAUAUAUAUAUAUAGAUCACGAUUAUUUUCUUGAAUUAGCAGGACUAGAUUGGAGAGAAUAGAUGCACGUAUAUACGGGCAUAUGUAUAUACAGAUCUUGCCGCUCUUAAUCCCUAAUUUCACUACGAUUGAUCACAUUUGGUUUUUGGUUUGUUAUUUGUUUCUGUAAAUAUAUUAGGGAAAUGAGCUGGAAGAUCCUUCUAGAGGUAAUCUAGAAGGGUUUGGGUUUUGGAUCUGAUUGCUGGUUUUGGAAACGCCCAAGUUUGGCUCUCGUAUGAGAGAGCUGUUGUGUUUUAUAUAUUUUUGUUAUCUAUUGUAUCUAGCUGAGGUUUCUGCUUGUAUAUGUUCGGGAAAUCAAGUGGGAAGAAAACGAUGAAAUGGGUAACAUUGCUUAAAGACUUUAAGGAGAAAGUCGGUUUGUCCCAGGCCCAGGCGUCGGCUUCAACAACUCCAUCAUCUCCGCCCUUCAGAGAAAGCAGCAGCAAUGCCAACUAUCUGUCGCCAUUCAGCCAAGAUUUUUCGUUGUCGCCUUCUAGCAGAGACAAACAUGAAUUGGAACUGGAUUUCAAGAGAUAUUGGGAAGAGUUUCGUUCAUCUACUUCUGAGAAGGAGAAGGAAAAGGCCUUGAAUUGGACUGUAGAGAUUUUUUGUAGAUUAGAGAAGCAACACAAAAAUGUUUCCCAAUUAAUUUCCAUGUUGGUAGAGACACACAUUUUUUCUUUUGUUGUUGGAAGGGCAUUUGUAACAGAUAUAGAAAAAUUGAAGCUUAGCAGUAAAACGAGAUCUUUGGAAGCUGAGAAAGUUUUGACAUUUUUCUCGGAAACCACAAAGGAUGGCAUUAGACCUGGUGGGAAUCUAUUACAUGCAGUGGAAGUCCUUGUAUCCGGGCCAAUUGAUAAACAAUCGUUCCUUGAUUCUGGGAUCUUAUGCUGUCUCAUUCAUAUCCUAAAUUCUCUUCUUGCUCCUGAUGGGGGAAGUCACUCAAAGGAUACAAAUGACAACGUGGAGUUGCCACCAAUGGGUGGAAGUAAUAAUGCUGAAACCAGGCCUGUUCGCCAGCUAGAGGUUGAGGGCAGUGUUGUACAUAUUAUGAAAGCAUUGGCCAGCCAUCCGUCAGCUGCUCAAAGUCUGAUAGAGGAUAAUUCACUUCAGUUACUAUUUCAAAUGGUUGCCAAUGGUUCUUUGGUGGUGUUCUCUCAAUACAAGGAGGGUCUUGUCCCUUUGCAUGCCAUUCAGCUCCACAGGCAUGCCAUGCAGAUUCUUGGUCUUCUUUUGGCUAAUGACAAUGGCUGCACUGCCAGCUACAUACGGAGGCAUCAUCUGAUAAAAGUGCUUCUAAUGGCUGUAAAGGAUUUCAAUCCUGAUUGUGGGGAUCCUGCCUACACUAUGGGCAUUGUGGACUUGCUUCUUGAAUGUGUUGAAUUGUCAUAUAGACCUGAAGCUGGUAGUAUCAGACUCAGGGAGGAUAUUCAUAAUGCUCAUGGCUAUCACUUCCUGGUCCACUUUGCUUUGACUCUGUCAAAGAAUAGAGGUGGUGAAACUCUCUAUUCCAACUCACCUUCUGAUGACUCCUCUUUAGACAGUUUACAUGCAGCUGGGGGGCUGGAGAUAACAAAUUUGAUAGAAAAAGGAGGAAACGACUCACCACACAGUCUUUCCCCAACGCUUAGUAGGCUUCUUGAUGUCAUUGUUAAUUUUGCCCAAGCAGGUCCGUCAGAUGGUCCAGGGUCAUCUGGAUUAAAAGCUUCAAAAAGUUCUCACCCAAAGCCUAAUGGGCAUGGCAGAAGCCGGACAUCAUCUUCUGAUCGCAUAGCUGAUGAUAUCUGGGAGAAGGAUAAUGAUAAAGUCAAAGAUUUAGAAGCUGUACAAAUGUUGCAGGACAUUUUAAUUAAAGCAGAAAGUACAGAACUGCAGGCAGAAGUACUAAAUAGACUGUUUAAGAUGUUCUCUAGUCAUCUUGAAAACUACAAGUUAUGUCAGCAAUUGAGAACUGUUCCUCUCUUGAUCCUCAAUAUGGCUGGUUUCCCUUUGUCUCUGCAGGAGAUAAUCUUGAAAAUUCUUGAAUAUGCAGUGAGUGUUGUGAAUAUCAUCCCCGAACAAGAGUUGCUUUCACUUUGUUGCUUACUGCAGCAACCAAUAACCUCUGAAUUGAAGCAUACAAUUCUAUCCUUUUUUGUUAAACUCUUAUCAUUCGACCAACAGUACAAGAAAAUCCUUAGAGAAGUGGGUGUGCUAGAGGUUCUGUUGGAUGAUUUGAAGCAGCAUAAAUUUCUGCUGGGACCAGAGCAGCUCACUGUUGACCACGGUGGACUGGAGAGAAAAAAUAGCUCUAGCAGCUUCAAGAAGCACUUGGACAGCAAGGAUGCUAUACUUUCUUCUCCAAAACUCUUAGAGUCUGGUUCCGGGAAAUUACCGCUUUUUGAAGUUGAGGGGACAAUUUCUGUUGCUUGGGAUUGUUUGGUUUCCUUAUUAAAGAAAGCAGAAACCAAUCAAGCAUCAUUUCGUUCUGCUAAUGGUGUGACUUUUUCACUUCCUCUUCUGGCUUCUGAUAUACACCGCUCAGGUGUUCUUCGGGUGUUGUCAUGUUUGAUUAUUGAGGAUGUCAAACAGGUCCAUCCAGAAGAAUUGGGUGCUUUGGUUGAAAUUUUGAAAAGUGGAAUGGUUACGAGCACAUUGGGAUCCCAAUACACACUUCAAGAUGAUGCAAAAUGUGAUGCUUUUGGAGCCUUAUGGCGGAUAUUAGGCACUAAUGGCUCAGCUCAGAGGGUUUUUGGUGAAGCAACUGGGUUUUCUCUUUUAUUAACCACACUUCAUUCUUUUCAGAGUGAUGGAGAACAGAAAAACCAACCUUCUAUAUCUGUAUGCAUUAAGGUUUUUUCAUACAUGUUGCGUGUAAUGACGGCGGGGGUUUCUGAUAAUGCUAUUAACCGGACAAAGGUGCACUCCAUACUAUCUUCACAGACCUUUUAUGAUCUUCUCUGUGAGUCCGGGUUAAUUUGUGUUGAAUGUGAACGCCAAGUCAUACAAUUGUUUCUGGAACUUGCUCUAGAGGUGGUUCUUCCACCAUUUCUGAAAUCAGAAGAGGCAAAAGUAUCUCAUACUGUAGAAAAUGAAUCAGCUAGUUUUCUUUUGAUUACGCCAUCUGGUUCUCUCGUCCCUGACAAAGAACGGGUGUAUAAUGCUGCUGCUGUCAGAGUGCUCAUACGUGCUUUGCUGCUUUUCACUCCAAAGGUGCAACUAGAAUUGCUGAACCUUAUUGAAAAGCUUGCUUGUGCCAGCUACUUCAAUCAGGAAAACCUGACAUCUGUAGGUUGUGUGCAACUUCUUUUGGAGAUUAUAUAUCCCUUGCUCUCGAGUACAUCCCCAUUGGUUUCUCAUGCUUUGAAGAUUGUGGAAGUUCUUGGUGCCUACAGGCUCUCUGUAGCAGAACUUAGAAUUCUUGUCAGGUAUAUUUUCCAAAUGAGGCUUUCGAGUUCUGGCCGGUGUCUUGUUGAGAUGAUGGAGAGAUUGAUUCUUUCAGAGAACACGGGCUCGGAAGAUGUUUCUCUUGCAACCUUUGUGGAGUUGGACAUGAGCAAGAUAGGGCAUGCUUCCAUUCAAGUUCCAUUAGGGGAAAGGUCAUGGCCUCCUGCUGCUGGUUAUUCUUUUGUUUGUUGGUUUCAGUUCAGAAAUCUUUUAAGAUCACCGGGAAAGGAGACUGAGGCCCCUAAAACUGGAUCUUCUAGAAGGCAUGGCAUGGCAAGUGGACAACAAGUUGGACCCCAGGUUCUUAGGAUAUUCUCUGUUGGGGCUGUAGAUAAUGGAAGCGCUUUCAAUGCCGAACUCUCUCUGCAGGAUGAUGGGCUUCUAACCCUCGCAACGAGCAAUUCUUCCUCCUUGACCUUUUCUGGGCUAGAAAUGGAGGAAGGUAGGUGGCAUCACCUGGCAGUUGUGCAUAGCAAACCAAAUGCUUUGGCUGGGCUAUUUCAAGCUAGUGUUGCUUAUGUUUAUCUUAAUGGAAAGCUAAGACACACUGGGAAACUCGGAUACUCUCCUUCUCCUGCAGGGAAAUCUCUGCAGGUCACAAUUGGAACACCGGUUGCUUGUGCAAGGGUUAGUGAUUUGUCAUGGAGGCUCAGAUCUUGCUACCUUUUUGAGGAGGUACUCUCACCUGGUUCCAUAUGUUUCAUGUACAUUCUUGGAAGAGGAUAUAGGGGGCUUUUCCAGGACACCGAUCUGUUGCAAUUUGUUCCAAAUCAGGCAUGCGGUGGAGGCAGCAUGGCUAUUUUAGAUUCUUUAGAUACAGACGUACCUUUGACCUCCAACAUGCAAAAGCCUGAGACUGCAGGCAAGCAAGGGAUCUCUAAGGUGGAUCAUAGUGGAAUUGUUUGGGACUCUGAUAAAUUAGGAAAUCUAUCAUUGCAGUUGUGGGGUAAGAAAAUGAUAUUUGCAUUUGAUGGAACUAGUACAGAGAUGUUCCGAGCAUCUGGAACCUUAUCUGUGCUCAAUCUAGUUGAUCCGCUGUCAGCUGCUGCCUCUCCUAUUGGGGGGAUACCACGUUUUGGUCGACUUCUUGGAGACAUUUAUGUCUGUAAGCAUUGUGUUAUUGGUGAUACAAUACGCCCUGUUGGUGGCAUGGGUGUUGUCCUUGCACUUGUUGAAGCCGCUGAAACUAGGGACAUGCUUCACAUGUCGUUGACGUUGCUCGCAUGUGCACUUCAUCAGAAUCCUCAGAAUGUGAGAGAUAUGCAGAAGUUCCGAGGAUACCACUUGCUAGCUCUUUUUCUUCAGCGCAGAAUGUCAUUAUUCGACAUGCAAUCACUUGAGAUUUUCUUCCAAAUUGCUGCAUGCGAGGCUUCUUUCUCUGAACCAAGAAAAAUUGGGACCGUGCAGAACGCCCUGUCACCUGGUGCCACCAUUAAUGAAACCAGCUUUGAAGACCUUAAUCUGUCGAAGUUCCGUGAUGAAUUUUCAUCAGUUGGGUCGCAAGCGGAUAUGGAUGAUUUUUCUGCACCUAAGGAUUCAUUUAGUCAUAUUUCAGAGUUAGAAAAUACAGAUAUGCCGGAGACUUCUAAUUGCAUUGUUCUGUCCAAUGCCGAUAUGGUUGAACAUGUCUUGUUGGAUUGGACCGUUUGGGUGGCAGCACCAAUCCCAAUUCAAAUUGCUUUACUUGGAUUUCUUGAGCAUCUAGUCUCCAUGCAUUGGUAUAGAAACCACAACCUUACAAUUCUCCGCAGAAUUAAUCUUGUUCAACAUUUACUUGUGACCCUGCAGAGAGGUGAUGUUGAAGUGCCAGUGUUAGAAAAAUUAGUUGUGUUACUAGGUGUCAUUUUGGAGGAUGGAUUUCUUCAGUCAGAACUUGAGCUUGUUGUGAGGUUUGUAAUUAUGACAUUUGAUCCACCAGAACUGACAUCACGCAAUCAUAUCUCACGAGAAUCAAUGGGGAAGCACGUUAUUGUACGGAAUAUGUUACUUGAGAUGCUAAUUGAUCUCCAGGUGACCAUCCAAUCGGAGGAGUUGCUUGAGCAGUGGCAUAAAAUUGUUUCAUCAAAAUUGAUUACUUAUUUUCUUGAUGAGGCUGUUCAUCCUACCAGUAUGAGAUGGAUAAUGACUCUUCUAGGUGUGUGCAUUGCAUCUUCUCCUACAUUUGCACUGAAAUUUCGCUCAAGUGGAGGUUAUCAAGGUUUGACAAGGGUGCUUCCAAGUUUCUAUGAUUCUCCUGAUAUAUAUUACAUUUUAUUUUGUCUGAUGUUUGGGAAGCCUGUAUAUCCAAGAUUACCAGAGGUCCGCAUGCUCGACUUUCAUGCACUCAUGCCAAGUGAUAGUAGCUGCGGAGAGUUGAAAUUUGUAGAACUUCUGGAAUCUGUUAUCGCUAUGGCAAAAUCAACAUUUGAUAGGAUAGUUAUGCAGUCAAUGCUUGCACAUCAAACUGGCAAUCUUUCUCAAAUUGGUGCUAGCCUUGUUGCUGAGCUUGUAGAUGGGAAUGUAGACAUGGCUGGGGAGCUCCAAGGUGAAGCUCUGAUGCAUAAAACUUAUGCUGCUCGCUUGAUGGGUGGAGAUGCAUCAGCACCUGCUGCUACUACUUCAGUUCUGAGGUUUAUGGUUGAUCUUGCAAAAAUGUGUCCGCCUUUUUCAGCUGUCUGCAGACGGGCUGAGUUUCUUGAAAGCUGUGUUGAUCUCUAUUUUUCCUGUGUCAGGGCUGCUCAUGCUGUGAGAAUGGCAAAAGAACUCACUGUUAAAACUGAGGAUAAGAAUUUGAAUGAUUGUGAUGAUAGCACUAGCUCCCAUAACACUUUCUCUAGCUUGCCUCAAGAGCAUGAGACGUCAGGAAAGACCUCUAUUAGUAUAGGGAGCUUUGCACAGGGUAAUGUGAGUGCUAGUUCCGAAGAUAUGUCAACUUUCCCAAAUAACAUGGCAGGUGAGAAACCAGAGAUAGCUAGUGUUGCAACAGUACCGGAAUUGGACAAAUCAGUGAAGGAAGAUGCACAGGCUGUGGUAACCGGUGAUGGUGAGGCAUUAGACCAGCUUUCUAAUGCCACUUCUGGCAGCAAUGAGUUCAAUUUUCGUGAUACGAAAAGUACACCAGAUCAUAUUAAUCAAAAUGAUUCACAGAGUUCUAUGUCUUUCACUUUGCAUGAAUCUCCUAUUUCAUCUGAGAGAUCUAGUUCCAAGAUUCCUCUGACCCCGUCUUCUUCUCCAGUUUUAGCAUUGACAUCUUGGCUAGGUAGUGCCAGUCACAAUGAUAUAAAAGUCCAGCCAGUCUCAGUUGCAUCCAUGGAGUCCUCUCUGUCUGUGAAUGAUACUAAUUCCUCUUCGGACUUGAAGUCUGCUUCUCAGACUCAAUCUGCAUCUAACACUUUGUUUGUGAUCAGUCCAAAACUUAUUCUUGAAGUGGAUGAUUCUGGCUAUGGAGGUGGGCCCUGUUCUGCUGGUGCUACUGCAGUUCUAGAUUUUCUGGCUGAGGUUCUAUCUGAUUUUGUCACCGAGCAGAUGAAAGCUGCAUCAGUUGUUGAGACUGUGUUGGAAAGUGUACCUCUAUAUGCUGAUGCUGAAUCUGUUUUAGUUUUCCAGGGAUUAUGCCUUACCAGAUUGAUGAACUUCCUCGAAAGGCGUCUCUUACGAGAUGACGAGGAAGAUGAGAAGAAGUUAGAUAAGGCCCGGUGGUCUUCAAACUUAGAUGCACUGUCCUGGAUGAUAGUUGAUCGGAUGUAUAUGGGAGCUUUUCCGCAGCCCGCUGGCGUAUUGAAGACUCUGGAGUUCUUGUUAUCCAUGUUGCAGUUGGCAAAUAAAGAUGGUCGGAUUGAAGAAACAAUUCCAACUGGCAAAGCACUCCUUUCUAUUGGUAGAGGAAGCAGACAACUUGAAUCGUAUAUAUAUGCCCUCUUUAAAAAUAUGAAUCGCAUGAUAUUAUUCUGUUUCCUGCCAUCAUUCUUGUUCACUAUAGGGGAAGAUGAACUUCUCUCACGUUUGGGCUUGCUGAAUGAACCUAAGAAAAGAUUGUUUCUUUACUCUUCACCAGAGGAAGGAGGAAUUGAUAUUUUCUCAGUUUUACAGUUACUGGUUGCCCAUAGGCGAAUAAUAUUUUGCCCGAGUAAUCUUGAAACAGAUCUACAUUGCUGUCUUUGUAUAAAUUUAAUAUCUCUGCUCCACGACCCUAGACAAAAUGUUCAGAAUGCAGCUGUUGAUAUUCUCAAGUAUCUUCUGGUACAUCGUAGGGCUGCACUUGAAGAGUUUUUUGUCUCUAAGCCAAACCAAGGGCCUUCACUGGAUGUUCUACAUGGUGGUUUUGAUAAGCUUCUGACUGGGAAUUUAUCGGGAUUUUUUGAAUGGUUUCAUAGUUCUGAGUCAGUUGUCAAUAAAGUGUUGGAACAGUGUGCGACAAUUAUGUGGGUGCAGUAUAUUACAGGGUCAGCAAAGUUUCCUGGAGUGAGGAUAAAGGGCAUGGAUAGUCGUCGGAAGAGAGAAGUGGGAAGAAAAUCAAGGGACAUCUCAAAACUGGAGCAAAGACAUUGGGAUCAGGUGAAUGAAAGGAGAAUCGCACUUGAAUUGGUUCGGGAUGCCAUGGCUACAGAAUUACGUGUUAUCCGUCAGGACAAGUAUGGAUGGGUGCUUCAUGCUGAAAGUGAGUGGCAAACUCAUCUACAACAACUUCUACAUGAGAGAGGAAUAUUUCCAAUUAGUAAAUCUUCUAUUGAUGCAAAGGAGCCUGAGUGGCAGCUUUGCCCCAUUGAAGGUCCAUACAGGAUGCGCAAAAAGCUAGAACCGUGCAAACUGAAGAUCGAUUCCAUCCAAAAUAUUCUGGAAGGACAACUUCUGCUAGGGGAAGGAGAACUGCCCAAGGAGAAAACUGAAAAUCAGGAUCAUUUCUCUGAAACUGGAUCCGAUGUCUUUUUCAAUAUUUUAACUGGCAAGUCAAAGGAUGAAUCUUUCAGUGCUGAAUUGUAUGAUGAAUCAACUUUCAAAGAAUCAGAUGAUGCUCGGGAUAUAGCUUUUUCUGGGGUUGGAUGGAAUGAUGAUCGAGAGAGUAGCAUAAAUGAAGCGAGUCUGCACUCAGCCACUGAAUUUGGUGUUAAGUCCAGUGCUGCAUCCAUUCAAAGAGCAGAAAGUAUUCGAGGUAAAUCUGAUUUAGGAUCCCCGAGGCAAUCUUCUUCCUUAAGAACUGAUGAAGCGAGAAUCUCAGAGGAUAAGACAGAUAAAGAAUUAAAUGAUAAUGGUGAAUACUUGAUCAGACCUUAUCUGGAACCUUUUGAAAGGAUCAAGUAUAAGUACAACUGUGAAAGAGUUGUGGGUCUUGACAAACACGAUGGUAUAUUUCUGAUUGGAGAACUUUCGCUGUAUGUCAUUGAGAAUUUUUACAUUGAUGAUUCUGGGUGUAUAUGUGAAAAGGAGAGUGAAGAUGAACUCUCCAUUAUUGAUCAGGCUUUGGGUGUAAAGAAAGAUUUUUCUUGUAGCAUGGAUUCACAUUCCAAGUCAACUUCAUCGUGGGGUGCUGCAGUGAAGGCAUAUGCUGGGGGUAGAGCAUGGGCGUACAAUGGUGGUGCCUGGGGUAAGGAAAAAGUAGCCAGUAGUAGUAAUGUGCCUCAUCUUUGGCGGAUCUGGAAGCUUGACAGUGUCCAUGAGCUUUUGAAGCGUGAUUAUCAGCUCCGUCCGGUUGCUAUUGAGAUUUUCAGCAUGGAUGGUUGCAAUGACCUGCUGGUUUUCCACAAAAGAGAGAGAGAAGAGGUUUUCAAAAAUUUGGUGGCCAUGAAUCUACCCAGGAACAGCAUUUUAGAUGCAACAAUAUCUGGGUCAACAAAACAAGAAAGCAAUGAAGGCAGCCGUCUUUUUAAAGUUAUGGCAAAAUCCUUUUCCAAGAGGUGGCAAAAUGGAGAAAUUAGCAAUUUUCAGUAUAUUAUGCACCUCAACACUCUUGCAGGCCGUGGAUACAGUGAUCUCACACAGUAUCCAGUGUUCCCUUGGGUCCUUGCAGAUUAUGACAGUGAGAAGCUUGAUUUGUCAGAUCCGAAAACAUUCCGGAAUCUUGAGAAACCAAUGGGCUGUCAGACAUUGGAGGGGGAAGAGGAGUUCAGGAAGAGAUAUGAGAGCUGGGAUGAUCCAGAAGUUCCCAAGUUCCAUUACGGUUCUCAUUAUUCUAGCGCGGGGAUCGUACUCUUCUACCUCUUGCGCCUGCCCCCCUUUAGCAUUGAGAAUCAAAAGCUGCAGGGGGGACAAUUUGACCAUGCUGAUCGUCUUUUUAACAGUGUGCGGGAUACCUGGUCGAGUGCUGCUGGGAAAGGCAACACAUCAGAUGUGAAGGAACUAAUCCCAGAGUUCUUCUAUAUGCCAGAAUUCUUGGAAAAUAGGUUCGAUCUUGACUUGGGUGAGAAACAGUCAGGGGAAAAGGUGGGUGAUGUUGUCUUGCCACCAUGGGCCAAGGGCAGUGCUAGGGAGUUCAUCAGGAAGCAUAGGGAGGCAUUGGAGUCUGAUUAUGUUUCAGAGCAUCUGCAUCAUUGGAUAGACCUCAUUUUUGGAUAUAAACAGAGAGGGAAGGCAGCUGAAGAAGCAGUUAAUGUCUUCUACCACUAUACAUAUGAAGGCAGUGUUGACAUCGACUCAGUUACAGAUCCUGCUAUGAAAGCUUCAAUAUUAGCACAAAUUAAUCACUUUGGACAAACACCAAAACAACUUUUCUUGAAGCCCCAUGUUAAAAGACGAACAGAUAGAAGGCUUCUUCCUCAUCCACUCAGGCACUCUAUGCUGCUUGUUCCUCAUGAGAUCCGCAAGAGCUCGUCUUCUAUAUCACAAAUUGUGACUCUCAGUGACAAAAUUCUCGUUGCUGGCUCAAAUAACUUGCUGAAACCAAGAACAUUUACCAAAUAUGUCGCAUGGGGUUUUCCUGACCGCAGCUUGCGGUUCGUGAGUUAUGAUCAAGAUAGGCUUCUUUCUACUCAUGAAAAUCUUCAUGGGGGCAACCAAAUCCAGUGUGUCAGCGCUAGCCUUGAUGGCCAAAUUUUGGUUACUGGGGCAGAUGAUGGGUUGGUUUGUGUUUGGCGAAUUGGAAAAGACGGACCUCGUGCUCUUCAGCAGUUGCAGUUGGAGAAAUCUCUUUGUGGUCAUACUGGUAAAAUUACUUGUCUUCAUGUUAGCCAGCCCUACAUGAUGAUUGUGAGCGGAUCUGAUGAUUGUACAGUAAUAUUAUGGGAUCUUAGCUCCUUGGUCUUUGUUAGACAGCUUCCUGAAUUCCCUUCACCUGUUUCAGCAAUCUAUGUGAAUGACUUGACUGGAGAAAUCGUGACUGCAGCUGGUGUUAUGCUUUCUAUUUGGAGCAUUAAUGGCGACUGCCUUGCAGUUGUAAACACAUCACAACUCCCAUCGGAUUUCAUUCUCUCGCUUAUGGGUUCUACUUUCUCAGAUUGGCUGGACACAAACUGGUAUAUCUCAGGUCACCAAAGUGGUGCAGUUAAAGUCUGGAAAAUGGUCCACUCCACCGAGGAGUCUGCCCAAAUCAAACAAACUGGGAAUCCCUCAGGUGGGCUAGCACUUGGAGAUAAAAUUCCUGAGUACAGGUUGAUCCUACAUAAGGUGUUGAAGUCCCACAAAUUUCCUGUUACAGCCAUCCACCUGUCAAGUGACUUAAAACAUUUGUUGAGUGGGGAUUCAGGUGGGCACCUGAUUUCAUGGACGUUGCCAGAUGAGAGCUUGAGAUCUUCCAUGAACCGGGGGUGACUGGGGGUUAGUAGCGGUGCCAUGAUAUGUUAGUUUCCCCUUUGGCUGGCAAUUGUUUCUUGGUGGAGGUCUCUUGGAAUGACUUGGCAAGCAGUUCUAGUGGCAAAUUUGAGACCAACGUGCAGAGCCUGAAUGUGCUAGCGGACAGCAAGAAUGAAGGAGCUCCAAUCUAGGACUGCAGGGAUUCAUGCAGGAUAAUUGUGAACUGAAAGAUGUUCCCCUUUCCAAGCGCCUCACAGCGUCAUAACAAGGAUUUGGGUGGGUGCAGAUGUUGUAAUUCUGGUGAUUGCAGGAGAGUUUUUUGCUUUCUGGCUGGAGGACCGUGUGGUGUAUAUAGUAAGUUUUACAUGAUAGUGUACAAUGAGGUUUGUAUAGAAGAGCAAGUGUUUGAAGAAAUGAAAAGUUAUGAAUGGAUGAGAGUCCAUGCCAGGCCUUUGGGUUUGGGCAGUAGCUGCUCCAUUUUUUGUUGUGAAAUGUAAAACGACGAAAUUCGUAUAUAUUCCAAAACUUAAGGGGGCCAAAAGAUUAACCUCUUUUUUUCUUUCUAAA